AAGCCUACCCUUCGAAUGACGUUGGACUGAUUGAGCUCAGUGCUAGAAUAGUACCCGCAAGCACGGAUAUGUUUUUUUCCUUUCGAUUCUCGACUGGGUUAGGAAUCUGUGCUCAUUUGUUCUAAUACCAAUUACGCAAGGCGAAUAAGGAGGAAAAAGAAUAGAAUCCCAUCGAUUUUAAGAGCUUCCUCUCUUUCUCUUCGUUAUUUUUGGUAUGCAAAUUUCUCCUGUUCUUGUUAAACCUGGAGGAGUACAAAGUAAAUUUUCAGAAGAAAGAAUGGUUGGUAAAUUGUCCACUAGAUUAUUGAACAUAUGCGUAGUAUCAUUUUGCAAAGCCAGGCAGUUAGAUAAAGCAGAAUCUGUCAUUAUUGAUGCUGUAAGGUUAGGAAUACGUCCUAAUGUAGUUACUUAUAAUGAACUUAUUGUUGGCUACUGUCGCCUUUCCAGUUUUGAGUCUGCUUAUUCUCUUCUCCAGAGAAUGAGAGAAGCCAGGAUAAACCCGGAUGUAGUUACCUACAAUUCUCUGAUAUCUGGUGCUGCUAGAAAUUGCUUAUUAUCGAAAUCCCUUGACCUGUUUGAAGAAAUGCUUCAAAGGGGCAUGGCUCCUGAUAUUUGGAGUUUUAAUACAUUGAUGCAUUGCUUCUUUGAGCUAGGAAGACCUGAAGAAGCAAAUCAGGUUUUCAGGGAUAUUAUUUUACAUGGUUUAUCUCCAUGUCCAGCAACUUUUAAUAUCAUGAUUAAUGGUCUUUGCAAGAAUGGUUAUACAAGUAAUGCACUCAUGCUGUUUAGAAAUUUACAGCGACAUGGAUUUGUUCCUGAAUUAAUCACUUAUAAUAUUCUUAUUAAUGGACUGUGUAAAGUGGGGAGAUUAGGGGCUGCAAGGAGGAUGCUCAAAGAACUUUCGGCAUCUGGUUAUCUGCCAAAUGCCAUAACUUAUACCACAGUUAUGAAAUGCUGCUUUAGAUCUAGGCGAUUUCAACAAGGGCUUGAGAUAUUGCAAGAGAUGAGACAUAAGGGUUAUACUUUCGAUGGUUUUGCAGAUUGCACGGUGGUAGGUGCUCUAAUAAAGGGUGGUAGGAUUAAAGAGGCAACUAAUUAUAUGGAUCAGAUGAUGAGAAAUGGCAUCAAACAUGAUUUAGCAUCUUAUAAUACACUAAUGAAUUUGUAUUGUAAAGUAGGUAAAUUGGAAGAUGCAUAUCAAUUGCUUGAUGAAAUAGAAGAAGGUGGUUUAGAAUGUGACGAGUAUACACACACAAUUUUGAUAGAUGGGUUGUGUAAGGCAGGUAAUAUUGAGGGGGCACAGCAACAUAUGAAGCAUAUGAAUGUGUUGGGUUUAAAAUCGCAUUUGGUUGCUUCAAAUUGUGUAGUUGAUGGAUUGUGCAAAGCUGGUCAGAUCGAUAAUGCUUUGAAGAUGUUUGAAUCAAUGGAGAUGAGGGACUCAUUUACCUACUCUUCCUUGGUUCACAAUCUUUGCAAGGCUAGAAGGUAUCACUGUGCAUCCAAGCUUUUGCUUGGUUGCAUAAACAGUGGCAUGAAAAUACUCCGAUCAGCUCAAUGGGCUGUUAUAGAUGGUCUUCAAUAUUCUGGUUUUCAAAAAGAAGCAAGGAAGCUUAAAUCAAAAAUUAGAUUGGCGCAGAUGGUGCAGUGUUGAUGUCCCUGUGGUCCUUUUGAUGCAGUUUGCGCGUUGGAAUAUUUUACUGAUGGAAUUCAACUGAGUCAUUCUAAUGACCAAACUUUUUGAAAUUAAAAUCUUCGGUCAGCACCAUGUAAAUGUAAAUGCCCCAUGUUGUUGUAAAGAACUAGAGAUGCUUAUUACUAAUAAGGUUGAUUCUGUUUGAACAUGGAUUGGAGGGAUAGAAUCCUGGUUAAUGAAAAUGGACAACGGCCAUUUAGUUCCUAAACAUGUACAUUGGGUUAUUUAACACUGGAUAUUGAUUUGCAUUGGUUGGAGAACUCUACUUUCACUGAGCAUGAGUAUGACACAGAAUACUCACACCGGAGUGGAUGCAUGGGCAUGUCAGUUCCUAAUGUUGAUGGAGCACAGGUACACAUCUUUUACUAUGCCAAGCACUAAGCUCAUCUUAUGUCUCACUUGAGUUUUUAUGGUCCCCUCCAAGAACCUACCUAUUCCAUUGCGCCCACUGUGAGUCUACCACCUAGCUCACUUCAUCCUAGAGUGUGCACCUCUCAUUGCUCUAGGAGCUACCUUGGCUUGGGAGACUUGUAGGGUGUCACAUAUUAUAGGAGGAAGUUUAAGAAUAACUCAGGACUGUGGAAUUGGGGGGAGCAGUUAUUUCCAGCAGUUAUGACUGCACUAUUGGUGGUAAUAGGAGAAUAAAUGGAGAUGGAUAGCUCCUGUAUCGAUCAUUCAAGAACUGAAUCAAUAAUCUCAUAUUCUAUUCUCUCUCUAUUUCUUUCUCUUCUUUCUCUAUUCUGUUCUUCCUCUCCUUUGUAACGGUCAAGUUAUGGUGUCUACUUUAAUGUAGGGCCUUGUGAAAGAACUAGAAUUGUGGACUGUACCCAACUUAAGGCAUUAGUACACGGGUCCCUUGCACUUGUAUGUCUCUCAUGUAUCCUUUUUCUCUCCAAUGUGACACUUCCCACUUCACUUCUGUUAUCCCAACACAAGAACGGGUCAACAUUUAUG